AUGAGGACCACAUUGGCCUGCCAGUGGUGUCGGAAGUCAAAGGUCAAGUGCCACCACGAUGGUACUCCACCUUGCAAAUCAUGUAGGGCCCAUCCGGGCAGAGAAUGUAGCCUGAGCACUCCUAUCUUUCGUAGGAAGAGGAACAUUUCGUCCCAUUCCCCAGCGAACACGGCUCGUGCAAAUCGUGUAUCAAAGACUGUUAUAGGGGAAACAUCCGCCUCUCGAAGAACAGAGAAGACAAAUACUGGCUUACAAAAUCAACAAUCACCAACGGCCUUUUCAACGCAUAGUGCAGUUCCUGAUGCAAACGGUAGCAGCGAAAGACAGAGCAAUGCUCCGCAGCAACUGAAAUCCAUAAUAUUACCGGAAAAUGCCCUAGAAAAUGUGGAUCAGGAAUUGGUCAUUCGUGCGAGCCGAAUAUUUGCUCAGCAGUUUCCGGAAUUUGGCUUUGUACAUAAGCCAACCUUCUUUGAGUACAGCCUGCAGGAUGGAAUCCCUGCCAUAAAGCUUUGCGCGAUCAUGGCUCUAUGUGCACGGUAUAUUCCCGAAAUGGUAGAUCAAUAUGGCAGUCCGCACCGAGCGUCUGAAUAUUUCGCCAAUGUUGUACGUGAGAAUAUAAUGAGCUACAUGGCACAACAUCCUGGGAUCGACGCCGUCCAUGCAAUGAUUUUGCUCAGUUUGUACGACUGGGCAGAGGGUAAUGGGUUUCAGGCAUGGAUAUAUACAGGUGAUCUUGAAAAACGGGGUGUACAGUUUCUGACACCGUUCACAGCCUUCUGUAUAUUUAGUGCCGCUAGCGUAGUUUUGUACAUGGACACUUGGCCGUACAUGGCACCUGGUCUCGAGAAUGCGAAGGAAAAGUAUAUAUGGAGUUCUGAUUGGCUGAAAACUGCUAGCGAAAAGUGGGAGAUUGCGAAACGUUGGUAUGAAAUAUUGGGCGAGCUCAGGGGAAUCUUCACACGCCUCAAAACAGAUGGACAUAAUUUCCCACAUCUUGGACGGGAGCAGUUCCAAGAUCUCCAUGAUAAUUUGCAUCGUCUUGCAGAACCAGAAUCUUCAACUGUGAAUGCUCUGGCUGCUCUGUCACAACACGCACCGCCUGGCCUUACAGGAUCGCCUCGUCAAUACCACCUCGGGAGUACGAGAAAUGGAAGAGAUUCGGGACCACAGGCUUCGGUUACUCACGGCACAGUUCGACUCCAAGAAGUACAUAAUAGUACUUCAGAACAGAGUCAAGCGGACCUUUUAGCUUUGGAUCACGAGCCACAGGGUAUGGAUGUUGGCCCCGGGGUUGACAUAGAUUUUCUUAUGGCAAUGCUGUCUGAUCCUUCCGGAGACUGGUCACAUGUAAUAUAG